GCGUAUAAAUGAAGCGUCUUGAGCUCAUGAGGAACCACAGAAGAGCUCCGCUCACCUCGGGAAUACACCCUCCAUCCUCCAAGGAAUACCAGACCUGACAAUGCUGCACAUUGCCGUGAUCUCUACAGCAUGCCUCGUUCUCGUGGGCUGCAUCCAAGCGUCUGCAUCUGUGGUGCUCAACUCCAACGCUAUUAAGGUCGGUUCAGGUGCGACGAGUCCCGUUCACCCGGUCAGCCCGAGUCCGGAGGAGUUACCUGCGGACAGCGGCAGCCUGAACUUCGCCAUCGAUACACCGCAGCAGCCUUUAAUCUGCGAGAGUGAUGAGGAAUGCAGCGGCGACGAGUUCUGCUUCCUGUCUCGCGGCGUCUGUCUCCAGUGCAAGAAGCGCAGGAAGCGCUGCAUCCGGGAUGCGAUGUGCUGCCCUGGCAACCACUGCAGCAACGGAGUUUGCCUUCCAAAUGAUCCUGACAUGAUCCACCAGAUCGGAAUGGAAGAGUUUGUGUCCAUCUCCCAAGAAAACGCCACUAUUGUGGUUCCACCAAAAGUUGCGACUCAAGGUUCACCGCAAAACCAAAUGCUAAAAGGUCUAGAAGGAGAGAACUGCCUGAGGUCAUCAGACUGUGCAGAGGGACUCUGUUGCGCCCGUCACUUUUGGUCCAAAAUCUGCAAGCCCGUCCUAAGGGAAGGCCAGGUCUGCACCAAGCACAAGAGGAAAGGCACGCACGGUUUGGAGAUAUUCCAGCGCUGCGAUUGCGCAGAAGGUCUCUCCUGCAGAACGCAAAGAGACGGCAGCAAGUCAUCACGGAGUCUGCACACUUGCCAAAGACACUGAAUGAAUAUUUAAGGAAUUUUCUUUUACAAAGCUCCCAGAGAAGCUCGAGGGGAAUCGGGACUCGCAAUGGGAUACUCUGUUUUUCCUUCAUUUUCUUGUGUCAGCAUUGCAGAGUAGAUAUAAUUGUUUCUCAACGGAACUUAAAUCUUGCAGUAAAUUACUGUAUUAUUCUGUAAAUAAUAUAAGGCAGUUGGCACUUAAUUCAGAUAUUUUUGUCAACCCUGAAAGAAGGUGCAUCAGUCUUUUGCUAGUCUUUAAUGUGUAUCUGGUUUUUACAGUCAUAUAGAGCUGAUUUAAAUGUCUAUUUUAUUCUAA